UCUUAUCUCUCGAAACAAACUUCUUGCAACGACCGAAUGGCAAGCAUAAAUCUCAAAGCACUAUUUGAAAUGACCUGAAAAUGAAAAUGAAUGGAAGAAACUUCUCUGUUGAUUCGAUUUCAAGCAAACGUUUUAACGGAAAUUGUUUGUUUAGUCGGCUAAAAAAAGUUGAUGUUAUUAAGAGCUAAAACUUCUUACAGUAAAUCUCCGGUGUUUUGAAAUUAUGAAUAUGGAAAUAUAAAGGAACCAAAAAGUGAAAUAUCUCAGCACUGUUAUAUUUUAUCUUAUCUUAUCUUACAGACAAGUCAAGGCUAGCCACCUGGGGUGUGUGGUGGAUGCUAUGCACCAGGGCCCCAGGAUUGAAGGGGCCCAACAUGAUCAAGAACUAAAUUAAUAUUCUGAAUAAUAACGAAAUGGAAAAAAGAGAGGAAGAAAUUUAACUGGAAAAAUUGACUGGUUCAGAAGUAUACGAAAUUUACUGAUAUAUUACAAACUUGUGUGUCUGUUAUAAGCCUAAGAUUUUGAAGUGUGAAGAACAUUGAUGAAUGUUAAGUAAGGGAAGUGUGUCUCAGUAUCGAAAAAAGCUACCAAGUCAUCACACCCUACCGAUAAAAUCGAACAAUGAUAAGAAGGUGAGAUUACUCCAACAUCUAGAUAUCUGGAUUCCAUCAUACAACAUAUCUUUGUCUGAAUCAAUUCCUAUGAAAUUGAAAAGAAUUGGUAGAUGUUUUGAUAGUUUGCAAUUUAUGAUUUACUGUUACGACUUAUAUGUAUAAAAUAGUGAAUAUUUUUAUAGGUAUGCACAAAACAGUAAUUUUAUGCUUGUGUUUCAUGUGGUGAGGGAUAUUUUUAUUACAUACCAAUUUUUUUAAAAAAAAAUCUUUUUAUUCAUGCAAUGUAUGUAUCACAAGAAAAUUAGUCACUGUCAAAAUUUCGGUGGAAAACUGAUACAGAAGGAAAGUUUCGUGCUUGAGACCAAUGAAAUAGAAUUUUUGUGGAACAAAUUCUUUUAAAAAGACUUCUUUUUAAUUACUUACAAAAAUGGAAAAGUUAUAUAUAUGUUAUUUAUGCAAGCAAGAGUUUUCUCAACAAGAAACUCUAAGAGAGCAUUUUCUGUUACAUUCGCAAGAGAAAUCAUAUGCAUGCGAUAUUUGCAGUAAAUCUUUUCCUCAGGUGCAAAAUUUAAAGACACCUAUAUGCACGCAUAAAGGGGAUAAGCGUUAUUCAUGUGACUUAUGUGAAAAAUCUUUUUCUCGGAAUUCAGACUUAAAACGACAUUUUCUGACGCAUACUACAAACGAGAAAUCGUUUGCAUGUGACAUUUGUAAUAAAUUAUAUUCUACUAAAUCGAAUUUAAAAACACAUUUACAGAAGCAUAAGAAAGAUGAACUUGCUGCUUGCAAUAUUUACUUAAAAUCUUUUCCUCAGGAACAAAGUUUAAAUACUCCUAUAUCCUUGGAUAAGAAAGAUAAACGUUAUUCAUGUGUCUUAUGUGAAAAAACCUUUUCUCGGAAUACAGAUUUAAAAAGACAUUUUCUGACACAUACGAGUGAGAAACCGUUUAUAUGUAAUAUUUGUGGUAAAGCAUUUUCUAUUAAGUCAUAUUUAAACGGACAUUUGCGGACACAUAAGAAAGAGAAACCUUUUGCAUGUGAAAUUUGUCAUGGAACUUUUUCUCGGAAGUCAGAUUUAUUAAGACAUGUAAGGAAGUACACAAAAGAAAAACCAUUUUCAUGUAAUGUGUGUGAUAGAACAUUUUUUCAUAAUUGGGAAUUAAAAACACAUUUACAGACGCAUGUAAAGGAGAAACCGUUUACAUGUGACACUACCAAUAAAACAUUUCCUGAUAAAUCGAAUUUAAAAUCACAUUUACGGCCGCAUCAAAAGAAACUUUAUGCCUGUGACUUUUGCAAUAGAGAAUUUUCUUCUAAGUCAUAUUUAAUAGUUCAUUUACGAGUACAUACAAAAGAGAAGCCUUUUGCAUGUGACAUAUGCUAUAAAGCUUUUUCUCAACACCAGAAUUUAAAAGUACAUUUACUGAUGCAUACAAAAGAGAAGCCAUUUGCAUGUGACAUUUGUAAUAGAGCAUUUUCUACUAAGUCGAAUUUAAAUUUCCAUUUACAAACGCAUACGAAUGAAAAGCCAUAUGCAUGUGAUUUGUGUAAUAAAACAUUUUCUCGGCAAUCUUAUUUAAAAAAGCAUUUACAGACACAUACAGAUGAAAAACCAUUUGCAUGUGAAGUAUGCAACAAAUCAUUUUCUAGCAAGGCAUAUUUAAAAAUACAUUUAUUGACACAUGCAGAAGAGAAGCCAUUUGCUUGUGAAGUCUGUAACAAAUCAUUUUCUUGCCAGUGGUAUUUAAAAAUACAUUUAUCCUCACAUACAAAAGAGUAACUGUAUUCAUAUGAUAUAUGCAAUUAUGCAUAUUCUUAGCAUCAUUUACAGACAGAUUUACGUAUGCAAUCAAAAGAAAAGCCUUUUACAUCUGGUAUUUAAAGUAAAAUGUUUUCUCUGUAAUCUUAUGUGGAGGCAUACAUAUGGGAAAUUAUGCCAAAUAGCCAUUGAUACAUUUUAUGCAUUUCAGUAGUUUUCUGGGUUAAUGUUUGAUAAGAAAAUAAAUUUUGUUAUAUCUGAAUGUUUCCAAAAGUACUUUUGAAAAAUUAUGUUUUGUAAAUUGUUUAAAUUUAUUUUUUUGGCUUUUUAUUUAAUCUUAUGAUAAAUCAAAUUAGUAAAUAAAAAAUAUAUGUAUGCAUAAAAAUAUAUUUAACUAGUCAAUAAGCUUUUACAUUUUACUGCAGAUUCUUGUAAACUCAAAAGUUUCCUUCCAUUUAAGUACUGUUUAUGUGAAAGUAUUUUCUUUUGUUACAAUUUAUGUUUUCUUCAUUUAUUUUUAAUUAUUAAAUCAACCUUUAUAUAAGUUGACCGAUUUGUUUAUGAAUGAUUGUAUAUGAUUAGAUGAAUUAUUAUUAUCAUAAUUUUUGUUAUAUGUUUACUUUUUAUUCAGACAUGAUGAUAUAAUGUUAAGUUAAAAUAAUAUUAAUUGUCGAUUGCAAUGCUUUCUAUAAUGUCCAUGAAUAUGUGAUUCAAAAACUAAAUUUUGGUUGUUUUUAAUAUUUUCCCUCAGUAACUUCGAAGCUUUUUAUUGUGGGGUGAAGAUAUUCUGACAUUAUUUUAAUGAUGCUGUUCUGUUCCGAUCUAUAUGACCUAAAACAAAAUUUAUACGUUCAUUAAAAAAUAUAUAGUACAGGGAUAUUUUCAUGAAAUUUCUUGACAUCUUUGAUAAAUAAUUUGAAUAUGUACUCUUAGAGAGAUUUAUGUUUAUUUGUAUUUCGAAAGAAUAUUUUUCAAUUUAUACCUCAUGUAUCGUUCGUGUCAAUAUGACCCAAUGCAAAGAAAUCGUUUAUAUUUACUCAUACUUGUUCACUUUUCUUUGGAAUAAUUCAAAAGAAAUGAAUAACAAUAGUUUCUCUAAUUUCGAAACCUGUUUCAUUGACGUAUGUGUUUAGUCACAUGACAAAAGAGCGCAUGCGAGGUCAAAAAGUUGAUGCGAUUUGCAAGAGGCCUAACUAUUUGCUCUUAUUGCAUCGUUUUUUUUUUUCUGCUGUUUUUCAUUUUCUGAUGUACUUACAAAAGAGUUGUGCCUGUGAAUGUGAGAGAAAAAAAAAGUGAUUUAGCUAAACUAAUAAUUUAACUUCUGACAGCGAAGAAGAAGUAUCUUGGGAUUGCAAUAUCGGGAUACCGAAUACCAGUAAUUUGAGCCAUUUGUACAAUUUUGUAAUACCGGUAUUCGCAAGUUUAAAUACCGUUUUUUUCGAUAUUUACUAGAAAUUUUUGAAAUUGUCUCCACUAUAUGUUCAGCGAUCGCCAAUAUAGCAAAAUAAUAUACGUUUUUGUUUUUAUGCCUACCUAACGGGCGAAAUUAAUUAGAUUGUGAAUACAAAGUUGCAUCGUACAAUCAAGAGAAGUGAUAAAAUACUGUUUGACGACGGAUUAUAAAACACUCCGCGCUUUUGCGCAUGCGUUAGGAUGGGUUUAAUUCGGCAAAAUUGGGGUGAGAGGAAAGAUGAAAUGAGGAGAUGUUUAUAUUUAACAAUGAAGAUUCGCGGUUUUAUGAGACUUACACAUUACAGAUAAUUAGUAAUACAGAAGGGAAAAGGUACUAAUGCACAAUAAAAUAUUUCAGAUCAAUUUUUAAUAUAAGGGACAUAAACAUUACAUUAUGAAAAAUUUCUGUUUUAUACGCUGUUUAAAUAUAAUUAUUGAUUCAGAAAGAAAAAAAAAAUGGAAUGUAAGACUUACACACGUCUCAGGAAGUAUGCCAGCCGAAAAAUGUGUGGAAAUGCUUAAAUCUAAAUUAGCGGAACAUGGAUUAUCCCUAAAAGAAGAUAUUGUAUCCAUAACGACUGAUAAAGCAACAGUUAUGAAAAAAGUUGGAAAGUUGAUUAGUACAAAUCAGCAAUUGUGCUGUGCACAUGGAAUUCAGUUAAGAGUAAUAGAUGUAUUAUACCAAAAAAAUUAUGAACAGAAGAAUCCAAAUACUGUGGAUGUAGAAACUUCGGAUUCCGACUUUGAAGAGAGUGAGAGUGAUACUGACAAUGAAGAUAAUGAAAAUGUAAUUGUUAAUGAGGAUGAAAUAGUAACCCAUCAAGAAAGUUCCCAUUAUAAAGUUCGAAAAUAUGUUAAGGUAUUUAAACGUUCUCCUACAAAAAAUGUCAUAUUGCAAAAAUAUAUACUAACUGAAAAUAAAACAGAAUACAUGUUAAUAUCAGAUUCUAAAACACUGAACAAUUUACUCAUAAUGAUGGAAUGAUUUUUGAAACUGAGAAAUCCAAUCCAAAAAGCAAUAAACUUAAACCUGCAAAUUAAUUUUUCAGGUAGUGAAUUCGACUUAAUAUCCAGAACUGUAUCAGCUCUACUUCCAAUAAAACUGGCUGUUGAGGCAUUAUGUCGGAGAGAUUCUAAUUUAUUAACAGUUAAUGCAACAAUAAAUUUCAUGUUGCAGUCACUGAAAGAACAGCACACGUCACUAUUUGAAGAAUUAUAUAUUACAAUGAAAAAUCGCGCAGAAGAAAGGCAUACCGAAAUAGAAAAUGUCUUACGAUAUUUACAUAACUAUAAUGAUUUUAAAAAUGGAAAUGAAAAAUAAGAAAAGAGACUAACCAAUUCAAUUCUGAUCAAGUUUAUAGAAAAUUUUCUUAAUUUUUUUUACCCACAAACUUAUCCACAUUGAAGAAUUUGGUGCAGUUAUCAAAGAUUAUGAUGGCACAAAUGCCGAUAGUGAAAAGGAAUUGUCUGUUGAACAAAAAUUAGAAUUAGCGAUAAAAAAUUUCAACAAACCAAAAUGCAAUACAGAAAUCAGCUAUAUCCAAAACCAUCCGACAAGAAAUCGAUUUAUUUAAAGAUGAGGAAUUUAGAGGUAAAUACUUGGAAAAAGUAUAUCGCGCAUUCAUUGCUAACAGUACCACCAACUAGCGUAGAUGCCGAAAGAGCGUUUUCGACAGCUGGAAAUUUUUGCACAAGAUUAUGUUCCAGGCUUAAUGACAGUACAAUUAAUGCAUUAUGUUUUUUAAGAUCACAUUUCAAAAAUUUGUAACGGUACCACAGACUGAAUAGUGAUAUUUACAUUUUUUUGUGAUUUAAAUAAAUAAGAUGUUUCUUUACUUUUUUGUGAUUAUAUGUUAUAAUUUAUAAGUUACAAAUUAUUUUUUGUGAUAUUUAAACUCUAAUAAAACUGGCAAGUAAAACAAAGAAACACCUGUGUUUUCUUUCUUUUUCUAAAGUUUCUAAUACUGGUAUCCCGGUAUUAAGAUCUAAAAAAUACCGAAGAUAGGUAUUUUGUCCUAUAUUGUAAUCCCUAGAAGUAUCCCAGUAUGAAAAUCACACAAGUGAUGAAAUUGAGAGUGAAAUUUCUGACAACGAUUUUGAUACCGAUAUACAGCAAAUGAACUAUAAAGAAAGUAUUCAGUCCAAGAAUCGUGAAAUAAAGUGGAAGUUGGAUCAUCUGCACAUUCUUCUCAAUCAACAGCUGCUAAUAUUAUAAAAACUACUCCAGGAGUCAUAAGAUAUGCAACGGCAAGGAUAGCAGAUGUAAAAAAUGCAUUUGAAGUAGUAUUCAAUUCUACAAUUGAAGGCGAAAUCAUAAAAAUGACUAACAUUGAAGGUGAAAAGGUUUAUGGUCAAAAGUGGGACUAUAUCGAAAGUAAAACUUUUCAAGCAUUUAUAGGCUUAAUAUUGUUAGCUGGAUCAUAUGGAGGAGUGGAAAAUCAACAAAAAACUUAUGGGAUAAAGAAACUGGCAGAAAUAUACUUCGUGCGACAAUGUCCCUUGAAGCAUUUUGCAUCAUGUCGAGUGUUAUUCGUUUUGAUAAUAAAUCCACUCGUCAAGAAAGAAGAAAUUUUGAUAAAUUAGCUGCAGUGCGAGAUAUCUGAGAAAAGUGGAUAGAAACUCUACCAAAAUUAUAUAAUCCGAAUGAAAAUAUUACUGUAAAUGAACAAUUAUUAGGAUUUCAUGUUCAAUAUCCUUUCUAACUGUGUAUACCAAGUAAGCCAUCUAAAUAUGGGAUCAAAAUAUAGACUAUGUAGCAGUAAAACUUCGUAUGUACUGAAAACACAAAUUUACACUAGAAAAGAAUAAGGGUUAAAGCCAGAAAAAAAAAAUCACGGAAUGCGAGUAGUGUAUGAUCUUACUUAUGGGUAUUCGGGGCACAAUAUUAUAUGUGAUAAUUUUUUCACAUCUUACAAUUUAGGACUUCUUCUAAAACGGAGAAUGACUAUGCUUGGCACCAUUAGAAAAAAUAAAUCAGAGCUUCCUGAAAAUAUACCAAACAAAGAAGUUCGCAGCUAAUUAUUUUAUUUUACAGAAGACACAACAGUUGUAAAUUGCAUCCUAAAAAAAGCGCAUGAAUUUAUUCUUAUGAACACUUUGCAUCAUGACAAAGAAGUUAGCAACAGACCUGACAAAAAAAAAUUAAUUAUUUUAGAUUAAAAUUCAACUAAAGCAGCUGUGGAUACUCUUGAUCAAUUUUUAAGCUCGUACACUUGUAAAAGAAAACCAAAUCGCUGGUGGCCCAUGAUAGUAUUCUAUAACAUGCUUGAUACUUCUGGGUACAAUGCAUUUGUUCUAUGGACUUCAAUACAUAGUGAAUAGAGCGAAAACGAAUUGAUUAAACGAAGGCUAUUUUUGAAAGAACUUGGAAAAUCACUCAUUUUUCCACACAUUGAAGCAAGGCUAGAAUCUACCAAAAAGUGAGGGCUCAAUAAAAAUAGUGAAAAUGAAUUCAGAGAAAAAGGAAAACGUACUAUCGGGAUUUGCUGAGAAUUCUUCAGUGUGUAUCAAACGUGCAAGGUGCAAGCAUUGUCCAUCAUGCGAUGACAACAAAACUAAUAUGUUAUGCUAUAAUUGCAAAUCUCAUGUAAGAUAUUACUGUUCAAAUUGUAAAUAAAGGUAAGUUUCAAUUUCGAAUCUUUUUCUGUUAUUUUUUGUAGGUGCUUUAUAUUAUUAUUGUAAGUUUCAAUUUCAAAUAUUUUUCUCUUAUUUUUAUAGAUGCUUUUUAUUAUCAGAUCUAUUUUUAAACUUACAUUACUAUUGUUUAAACUAUUUCUUAAAUGGCACCUGUCAUUUAUUGCAAGAAAUGUUAGUUUUCUGAAUCGGGUCAUAUUGACCCGAACGCUACAUACGUGUAGUAAAUACGAACAGAACAGCAGGGUUAAAA